AUGGCGGCUGGCGCUGGAUGGGAUCUAAACGUUUCGUCGGCUGUCAGUUUUUUUUGUCGUUGUCGAAACAUCUUUAAACCGCUUUGAUAGUCUGAUCUUUGCUUUAAGACAAACCUGCCAGCAAAAUGGCGUCCACAGCGGCAGGCAAACAGCGGAUACCGAAGGUGGCGAAGGUGAAGAAUAAAGCUCCUGCAGAGGUUCAGAUCACUGCAGAGCAGCUGCUGAGAGAAGCCAAAGAGAGGGAGCUUGAACUUCUGCCACCACCGCCAAAACAGAAGAUCACUGAUGAGGAGGAGCUGAAUGAUUACAAACUGAGGAAGAGGAAGGGGUUUGAGGACAACAUAAGGAAAAAUCGCACUGUCAUCAGUAACUGGAUUAAAUAUGCACAAUGGGAGGAAAGCCUGAAGGAGAUCCAGAGAGCUCGUUCCAUUUACGAGCGAGCGCUGGAUGUCGAUCACCGCAACAUCACACUGUGGCUGAAAUAUGCCGAGAUGGAGAUGAAGAGCCGGCAGGUGAAUCACGCCCGCAACAUCUGGGACAGAGCCAUCACCAUCCUCCCACGAGUCAACCAGUUCUGGUACAAGUACACUUACAUGGAGGAGAUGCUGGGGAACGUCGCCGGCUGCAGGCAGGUGUUUGAGCGCUGGAUGGAGUGGGAGCCCGAUGAACAGGCCUGGCACUCCUACAUCAACUUUGAGCUGCGCUACAAGGAGGUGGACAAAGCUCGCACCAUUUAUGAGCGAUUUGUCAUCGUUCACCCCGAAGUGAAGAACUGGAUCAAAUAUGCUCGUUUUGAGGAGAAGCACGGCUACAUCGCUCACAGCAGGAAGGUGUAUGAGAGGGCGGUGGAGUUCUUCGGAGAGGAGCAUGUGGAUGAAAACCUGUUUGUGGCCUUUGCCAAGUUCGAGGAGACACAGAAAGAGUUUGAACGAGUUCGGGUGAUGUAUAAGUACGCUUUGGACAGAAUCCCUAAACACCAGGCACAGGAGCUCUUCAAGAACUACACGAUGUUUGAGAAGAAGUUUGGAGACCGCAGGGGAAUUGAGGACGUCAUCGUCAGCAAACGAAGGUUCCAGUACGAGGAGGAGGUCAAGGCGAACCCACACAACUAUGACGCUUGGUUCGAUUACCUGCGUCUGGUGGAGAGCGACGCCGACCCCGACACAGUGAGGGAGGUUUACGAGAGAGCCAUCGCCAACAUCCCCCCCAUCCAGGAGAAGAGACACUGGAGACGAUACAUCUACCUGUGGAUCAAUUACGCUCUGUAUGAAGAGCUGGAGGUCAAGGAUCCUGAGAGAACGAGACAGGUGUACCAGGCCUGUCUGGAUCUCAUCCCUCAUAAAAAGUUCACUUUUGCUAAGAUCUGGCUGCUGUACUCUCAGUUUGAGAUCCGACAGAAGAACCUGCAGGGAGCUAGAAAGGUCAUGGGCACAGCGAUCGGUAAAUGUCCGAAGAACAAACUGCUGAAGGGCUACAUCGAGCUCGAGCUGCAGCUGCGUGAGUUUGACCGCUGCAGGAAACUGUACGAGAAAUACCUGGAGUUCAGUCCGGAGAACUGCACCACCUGGAUCAAGUUUGCAGAACUGGAGACAAUCCUGGGAGACAUCGACAGAGCCCGCGCCAUCUUUGAACUCGCCAUUGGACAACCGCGACUGGACAUGCCAGAGGUUCUGUGGAAGUCCUACAUUGACUUUGAGAUUGAGCAGGAGGAGUUUGGAAACACAAGGAACCUUUACAAACGGCUGCUGCAGCGCACCCAACACGUCAAGGUUUGGAUCAGCUACGCCAAGUUCGAGCUGUCGAUCGACAGCCCCGACAGGCUGCAGAAGUGCCGGCAGAUCUACGAGGAGGCCAACAAGAGCAUGAGGAGCUGCGAGGAGAAGGAGGAGCGGCUGAUGCUGCUCGAGUCCUGGAGGGAAUUUGAGAGGGAGUUUGGCUCCGACAGCACCAGGGAGAGAGUCAGGAAGCUGCUGCCAGAGAAGGUGAAGAAGAGGAGGAAGCUGACAGCAGAGGACGGGUCGGACGCAGGCUGGGAGGAGUACUACGACUACAUCUUCCCAGAGGACGCCGCCAACCAACCCAACCUCAAGCUGCUGGCCAUGGCCAAGAUGUGGAAGAAGCAGCAGCAGCAGGCAACAGACGACGACGACGACGGGGAGGUGGUUCCAGAAAAAGGUCCAGCGGCUGAGGAGACAUCGCUGCGCUCUCAGGAACCUGUAGCUUCUCCUGAAAACAACCAGCUGGAGAACGGCUCCGACAGGAAUACUGUGACUGAAACAGAGCAGGAGAAGACGUACGACGACCGAGACGACGACGACAGCAGCAGCAGUGACAGUGAGAGUGAGGAUAAUGAUGGUGGAGAGAAGAAGGAGAAGGAGAGCAGGAGCAGUGAAGAAGAUAAAGAGUAGAUUCACUCAGGGACACGAGCGGAGUAAACAACCAGGAUUCAUUUUUCUACUGUUUUGUUUUUUAUGAAAGUAACAACCAGCUCAUGAGCAGUCUUUAUUGUUUGACCAUGUUUUCUUUGCCACUGUGCCAUUACACACACGUCAAUUCAAACCGG